AGGGCCCGGCGGCAGAGCCCCUUGAGGAAGAGACCAGGCUUCCUUGCACCGGAAGCGGAAGUAAACACGCACAAACUGGCCUCCGGAUGGUAGAUACAGGCGCGUGACCCGGAAGCACUCACUGACGGACCGCCCCUCCCGCCCAAUAGUGCUGCCGGGGAACGAGCCACUUCCUUUCUGCGUUCCGGCUGGAUCAGCGAGCAGGCACGGUCUCGACAUGCAGAACGACGCCGGCGAGUUCGUGGACCUGUACGUGCCGCGGAAAUGCUCCGCGAGCAACCGCAUCAUUGCUGCCAAGGACCACGCGUCCAUCCAGAUGAAUGUGGCCGAGGUUGACAGGGUUACAGGCCGAUUUAAUGGCCACUUUCAAACCUAUGCUAUCUGCGGGGCCAUUCGCAGGAUGGGCGAGUCAGAUGAUUCCAUUCUCCGUCUGGCUAAAGCUGAUGGAAUUGUCUCCAAGAACUUUUGAUCAGAAGAGAUCGGGAAUACUUACCAUAAAUAAAAAGGUUAAAGUAUC